AAACCGAAUGCUUUGGAAGGAACGCCACAUUUACAUUUAAAUGAAUUGAAACCAUAUAUAUUUGACAUGGAUCCGGAUAACUUGGAGGUGGGAUUGGGGGUAGCUGAUGACGAUUACGAGGAGUCAGAGGAGUCCAGCUUCGGCUCGAUUAGCUACCAGGAGAACGAUGACCAUCAGUUUCAGCGUGAGGUCGAGAAGGCCAUCUGCAUCAUGCCUCCCCGACCGGGAACUGCCUCGAUGAACUACCAGGAGUUGUAUAUCCCCAGGAACCAGCUCACCGAUGUCUACUAUCCCAUCCAGGAGGCCCAGCGCUGGCUCACGCUGAUGGACAAGAUGGGCAAACCGCACCGUUUUCCGCUGCCCACGAUCCUGCCGAAAGUGAUCCAAACACGCUACGUGCCCAAGCGCCAUCUGCCCAAGGACGUGGAGGUGGAUCGACGGCGUCGUCAAUACCAGAAGAUCAACCUGGUCGAGGAACUGGCCAAGGCUGGCCUGACCAACGAUGUGCUCCGGCCCACCGAGGAGCAGUACAACGUGAUGUCCGAAUUCGCCUUCCCGCACAAAUUCCCGCUUAGCUACUUCGACGACAGCAACUUCGACAUCAACUCGCCGGCCGCCUGGUUCGAGCUGGGUGUCGUUGGCCAGGUCCAUUACCCACUGCCGGCCAAGGCCUACCUGCCCUACCAACGCAGCCUGCUCAACUGCCAGUGGGGCAUGGCGGCGGUCACUGCCCAUCACGAGGAUACCGGCUUGUGGACACUGCUGUCGCUGGAGGAUGGCUGCACGUAUACGGUGCCCAAGUUGCAGUUCAUGUUCAUGGCCGAGGAUCCGCACAAGUAUAUCAAACGGUUGCAGGCCGCCGUUCACGAGCGUCACAAGGGUGAGCAACUGAUGCUCAUGGAGCUGAUCGUCGAUUGUGUCCUGCACGAGGACAUCGAGUCGACGGUCUUCUAUAGCUUCAAACCCAUCGAGGCGGUACUGCUCGCCGCCAAGGUGUCCGAGCAAUGCAAACGCCGUCUGCGUUCCGAGGUGAACUUGGUGUUCGAACGCCUGAUGGCUCUCUACGAACUGGAACAGUUCAUCCUGAAGAUGCCCAAGGAGUUCCCGCAGUUCCGCAACAUCAGCCUCAAGGAGUUCCUGCCGCGCUCCUUUGCCGUCGAGGUGUCCGGCAAGGAGCGCCUGGAGUUGCAGUCCUUGGGCAUCACCAUGCAGGAGAAGCGUUACGACUUCCUCAAAGCGAGUCUCUUCUACUGCGGCGGUGGAGUGGAGGCCAUGGCCGGUGUGGCCAUCGAGUGUCAGUAUAUCGAAACGUUGUCGAUCUUCGUGUGCACCUUCAGCAAACCCUUGGCGCUCGCCGACUUCCUGCAGGCGCAGGAGGCGCACAGCGAUAAUGUGGCCAGGUAUUUGAAGGUCUACUGGCCACAGAAGCUCACCGAUGUCAUCACGGUGGUGUUGCGGGCUUUGGGUAAGGGCUGGCUGGACAUCUCGUUUGGCAACUGGACCGUCUACCUCAUGUGCAAGAUCUCCAGAUUCAUACUGCAGGUGAAGUUUCGCAUGCAGGAGUCCAUGGAGGUGCUACUCGGAAUGUCGCUGCUCAAUUUCUCGCACUUUGUCUGCGAUCCGUGUCUGCAGUUUUUGGCUCUGAAGUCCAAUUACAAGUGGACGAGCAACUACAUCGAAACUGAGUUUCCGUUCCACAAGCCCGUGUUCGCCAUGACCCUGGGCAUCAGUGAUGAUCGCAAGGUCUUCUACUCCACCGAUCCGGAUGAGUUCCAACCCGGACUGGUGGAGAUCUUCAAGAGGUGCCUGGAGAAGGCGGCUGGAGUGCGAUGCAUUGAUGCGGCCGUCAUGACCGCUUUGAAGUUCGCCCCGAAUCUUUACAUCCUGACGGUCGAGCUGAUCGAGGAGAGCUUCGUGCGGGAGAACGAGCUGCUGGGCAAGUGCUAUGGAAAGGCGGUGCUGCCGUUGAGGGCAUAUGCCCGCCUCUACGAGCGGUUCAUCGACUUUUACCUGCUCAACAUCAAUGCGUACAUGCAGGCCUAUGCCCAGGCCCAUAAGCCAUCGUCGGAGGUCAAGCGGGACAUCCUGGAGCACAAGCGUUUGAAGGAGGAGGUGCGCGAAAUACUGCCGGCCUUCAUAACCAUCGGACCGUUCUACAUCAAUGUGGACACGCUGAAGCAGUUCAUGAUCAAGAAGCGCAUCGAUAUCGUUAGACGGAUCUUCGAGUACUAUGUGGAUCGGAUGUACGAAACGAACGAGGCGCUACUGGACCGCUGCCUGGAAGUGUUCCGCCGCAUUGCGGAGCGACCCAUCAGCAUUGAGCACCUGUACGAGAUCCGUGACUUUGCCCUGACCGUGCCGGAUGUGGUGGAUGAACUGAAGGCGGACAUACAGGUCAUGUGGCUGGAGUACGAUCUGCUGGACAGUUUCUUCUACAACCUGAGUGACCACCAGUUCGCCAUGAAGUGGAACGUCUAUGCCUGGCCGCAUCAGAUAAUGGUACGCCUGUCCACGCUGAAGGAUGAGCAGAAGAUCGACAUCGAGGAGUUCCUGCGUCAGCAUGGCAGCGAAUGUCAGGCAUUCGAGGAGCGUCUGGAGUCCCUGAACGACGAGGUGCAGGCCUAUUCGUUGGCCUUCAAUCCGAACCGGGCCCAGGAGACGUCGGUGGACAUCAAGAAGACGUGGGUGUUGAUCAAGGAACUGCAAAAGAUCAGCCAGACGCUGCAGUUUCGGCAGGAGCUCUUCGAACUGGAGCCGCUGUCCACGCAGUUCCUGGAGAGCAUCAUCGAGAGCUUCACGCCCUACAAGAACUUGUGGUAUGCCUGUGCCAAUUUCCUGAAACUGGAGGAUGCCACCACGGGCAAUCCGAUAGCACAGCUUGACCUGGACGAUGUGUGGAACAGCUUGAUGAAGCUGCGCGAUGAGCUAACCGAAUCCGUGCAGAUAUUCAAUGAGAAGCACGAGAUAAUGGAGGUGGCCUUAACGUUUAUACGAAAAAUUGACGAUUUCAUUCCGGUGUACAACAGCAUAAGGGACCUGCGAAACGAGAACUGGAUGUACAUGCACUGGCAGGAACUGAGCGCAGUAACCGGUCAGGAGAUCAAGUACACCAUUGCCAUGAACUAUCAGUACCUGAUGCGUAAGGGUAUUUUGGAUUUCCUGCCCCAGGUGCACAUCAUCUCGGAGAAGGCCAGCAACGAGGCGGAGGAGAUCCAACGCGCCAUCGAGGAGGAGGAGCGCCGGAAGCAGUCCGAGCUCGAUGCGCUCUUGAUGCGCAAACAAUUGCGCAAGUGCCGCAGGGACAUACUAUAGGUUGUUUUUUUUUCAUAAAGUCUUAAUCGUACCUUAAAUCGCUAACUUGUGUAAAAAUGCAUUCGAAUUCCGUAAUACGCCGUUGAAUCGCAGAGAAAAAAUGGGGAAAAAAGGUAGAAAAAAGCGUUUCCAUGCCUAUAUGUAUAUAUCAAAGAAUACGUGUUUACUUAGGUACAUAUAAUAUAGAUUUAGUUUAGUUUAGUUGAAAAAAUAUAUAUAUGGCAGUUUUUUUUUUUUUACAAAAAAUAGUUCAUGUGAUGCUUACGUAUGGACAAAUUAUCACUAUGAUAUCAGAUAUUUUAUAUGUUGA